GGGCAGUCCCGGAAGUGGCUCGUGGCGCGUGCGCGGUGCUUCUGUGGUAACGGGGCAGUUUCCACCGGCUUGAGGCGGACGACUCGGCGGUCUGGGGUCUCCCGGCUGCGCCCCCUCUGCCCCGCGCCAGAGCAGGUCCGUGGCUUCGGGCCCCGCCGCGUGCGUGUUCCUCAGGCGGCCGCCGCGCUCCCUCCGGGAAGCCCGGGCCCGCGUGAGGAGACCGAGCCCCUCUCUGCAGCCGGACCCCGUGCGCUCCGCUAGGUAGGCCGGGCCUCUCCGCGUGCGCACACCGCCCAGGCCACGGGGGUGAGGGGACGGUGGGGGACCGCGGCGUGCGCGGAUGGGAGGGGCACGGCCGAGCCGGCGGGCGUGGUCGGACGCUUGGGAGCAGCCCGAGCUAACCCAGUCAGCCAGGAGAAAGGCCCCUGAGAGCUACGGGAGCUGGAGAGAUGGCUGCGCUGCCUGCCAGAGGUCCGACCGCCUCUUCACCCCCGCUGCAGGGCACCCGCCAACAUGAGUCUGUUUGGAUCAACCUCUGGAUUUGGGACUGGUGGGACCAGCAUGUUUGGGAGCACAACCACAGAUAACCACAAUCCAAUGAAGGAUAUCGAAGUGACAUCUUCUCCUGAUGACAGCAUCGGUUGUCUGUCUUUCAGCCCGCCAACUUUACCAGGCAACUUCCUUAUUGCAGGAUCAUGGGCGAAUGAUGUUCGCUGCUGGGAAGUGCAGGACAGUGGGCAAACCAUUCCAAAGGCCCAGCAGAUGCACACGGGGCCAGUGCUUGACGUCUGCUGGAGUGAUGAUGGGAGCAAAGUAUUCACAGCAUCGUGUGACAAGACAGCCAAGAUGUGGGACCUGAACAGCAACCAGGCCAUUCAGAUAGCACAGCAUGAUGCUCCUGUUAAGACCAUACAUUGGAUCAAAGCCCCAAACUACAGCUGUGUGAUGACCGGGAGCUGGGAUAAGACUCUGAAGUUCUGGGAUACGCGGUCCUCAAAUCCUAUGAUGGUCUUGCAACUCCCUGAACGCUGUUACUGUGCAGAUGUGAUAUACCCGAUGGCUGUGGUAGCCACUGCAGAGAGGGGCCUGAUUGUCUAUCAGCUGGAGAACCAGCCCUCUGAGUUCAGGAGAAUCGAGUCUCCCCUGAAGCACCAGCAUCGGUGUGUGGCUAUUUUUAAAGACAAACAGAACAAGCCGACUGGGUUUGCUCUGGGCAGCAUUGAGGGGAGAGUUGCCAUUCACUACAUCAACCCUCCAAAUCCGGCCAAAGAUAACUUCACCUUCAAAUGCCAUCGAUCCAACGGUACCAACACUUCGGCUCCUCAAGACAUCUAUGCAGUGAAUGGGAUUGCCUUCCAUCCUGUCCAUGGUACCCUUGCCACUGUGGGCUCCGAUGGUAGGUUCAGCUUCUGGGACAAAGAUGCCAGGACCAAACUAAAGACUUCGGAACAGUUAGAUCAGCCCAUCGCAGCUUGCUGCUUCAAUCACAAUGGAAACAUAUUUGCCUAUGCUUCCAGCUACGACUGGUCCAAGGGACAUGAGUUUUAUAAUCCCCAAAAGAAAAAUUACAUUUUCUUGCGUAAUGCAGCUGAAGAGCUAAAGCCAAGGAAUAAGAAAUAGUGGCCUGAAGCUGGGACUGUUGGAGUUUCAUCUCCUCUCUGCCCAAACUUGGGCUCAAGCCCUCGGUGGCCCACAGCCCUGGCCAUGGGUGUCCACUCCUGGAGGGACUGUUCUUGUUGAGCAUCAGCACAGCAUCCUGGCGACUUGCCGUCUCUCCAUUCAGCUCCCUGCUGCGGUUUUCCUGAAACUGAGAUUCUCAACUGGAGUCAGAUCUUGGGGGCACUGUGUCCAGCAGUGUGUAUUUGACAGUGUUGGGUGGGAACUGUUGGUGAGCCCUGUGUUGUGUUUUAUAAUAAAAUAUUUUGAAGAUGG